AUGGCUAUCGUCGAAGUUUUUCUAGGUGCAAUUCUCACUGUGUUGCUUGAGAAGCUGGCCUCUGUUGAGCUGCUGAAAUUUCUGCGUCCUGUAGGAAUCGAUGCCCAGCUGGAAGAAUGGCAUACAACUUUGUCGAUGAUCCAGGCCGUGCUUACAGAUGCUGAAAACAAGCAAACAGCAAACGUAGCUGUGAAACAGUGGCUGAACGAUCUGGAAGAUUUGGCUUAUGAUCUUGAAGACUUAGUGGAUGAGUUGAAUACCGAAGCUUUGCAGCGCAAAUUAAAAGAAAAUAAAGGCAGCACCAGUAAGGUAAGAAAGCUCAUCCCAACCUGUUGUACUAAUCUAUCUUACAAUGAUUUCAUGUUUAAUCGCGGGAUUGCUUCCAAGCUAAAAGAUAUUAGUGGCCGAUUGGAAGCUCUAUCCAAAAAGAUAAAAAUGCUCAGUUUAGUGGAUAAUGUGAGGGGGAGGUCUUAUAAAAGAUUGCAAACAACUUCGCUUGUCGUAGAAUCGGAAGUUUAUGGAAGAGAGGAGGACAAAGAGAAAAUACUCGAAAUCGUAUUUGGUGUUGAAUCAAAUGAUAGUCAAAUAUCUGUGAUUCCAAUUGUGGGCAUGGGAGGUGUCGGCAAAACAACUCUUGUCCAACUUGUGUAUAAUGACGAAAGAUUGAAGUUUGAUCUGAAGGCAUGGGCUUGCGUUUCAGACGAAUUUAAUGCUGUAAGAGUAACAAAAAACAUUCUUGAGGCAGUUUCUUCUGAAAGGUGUGAUUAUGAUAAUUUUGAUAAGCUUCAGAAUUUGGAAUCUUUAACCCAAAUAAAAUUGAACAAAAUUUUCGGAUUAACUUCAAUCAUCAAAGCAUUUGUACAAUUUCCUUUUACACUUCAAAGUCUUUCGGUUGGUGAAUGUGAUGACCUUGUGACUCUAUGGCCAAAUGAUAAUACCGUACGAAACCUAGUCAACCUACGAGAAGUGCUUGUGGAAAGUUGUCCUAAGGUAGUAUCCCUUCAAGAGAUUGAUGUUCUUCCUCAUCUUAGGGGACUUGCGAUAAGCAGGUGUGGAGCUUUGGAGUUGUUGCCUAAUAAAAUAUCUUGUCUUGAGGAGUUGAGUAUUAUUGAAUGUCCAUCAUUAAAGGUGAUGAUGAAGCUACAGGAUUGCAGCACCACACUCAGAAAUCUGUUUAUUAUGGAUAGUUGGGUGAAUUUGAAUUUGACAAAUUUACUAGGCUCUGGCCACAUUUACCAAAGUCUCACUCGUCUAUGGAUAGAGUUUUGUGAUGGUCUAGAGUCAUUUCCCCAUGGAGGCUUGCCCACACCAAAUUUAGGAGAUCUUCGUAUAAAAGAUUGUAAACAUCUCAAGUCCUUACCCGAUCGGAUGGAUCUACUUUCGUCCCUGGAGGUGUCUAAUUGUGCUUCAUUAAUGGAACUCUUUCCCCAAGAGAAUAUUCCCCCAAAUCUGUCUGACCUCACAAUCGAAAAUUGCGGGAAACUAAAGCCCCUGGGGGAGUGGGGCCUACACAAACUCAUCUCUCUUACAUACUUCAGAUUUGGUGGAUGUCCAGAGCUGGUUUCCUUCACUAACAAUGCUGACGAAGAACACUGUGUGCUUCCUCCAUCUCUAACUCAGUUGAGCUUGUCUCAUCUGCCGAAUCUGGAAACCCUAUCGAAGGGCCUCCAAAGCCUCACCUCUCUUCAACAUUUAUCCAUCUACUUUUGUCCAAAGCUUAAGGCGUUGCCUAUGAAAGACCACCUUAAAAAGCUUUUGAGCCUUGACAUUUCAGGCUGCACACGUCUUGAGAAACGGUGUUUGAAGAAAAAAGGAGACUACUGGCCCAUCAUUGCUGACAUUCCCGACGUCCAAAUUGAUGACCGUUCCAUCUAUGAUCCAAGUCCAUGA